AUGUCUUCCUACGAGGGCUCGCGCUCGGCGCGCCAGUCCAAACGAUACUCCAUGUCCGCUUUAUACCUGUCUAUGUCCGCAAACGAAUCAGAUCUAGAAAUCGAAGAUGAUUUGGCCAAAGGACCGUUGAACGUCAAAGCUUCACAGCUGCGAAACUACUAUACGGUUAUAGGAUCGCGUCCAUCAACGCACGAAGGAACCUUCAACCAACACUACUAUCCGAGAUUUGAACAAGUCUUAGGACCGUUGAACUUUGCAGUUCUACAACUGCGAAACUACUAUACGGUUAUAGGAGGAGAUCAUCUCAUAGAAGAGUUGUUCGAAGACCUUCAACCAACACUACUAUUCGAGAUUCGAACAAGUCUUAGGACCGUUGAACGUUGCAGUCCCACCAUUGCAAAACUACUAUACGGUUAUAGGAGCAAGAUCAUCUCAUAGAAGAGUUGUUCAACAACCUCUGUAUCAUUCACCCAACAACUGCCGAACCUACGUGGCAUCGAGAACCAUUCGAAAACCUGAUUACAGACCCAACUACA